CCAAAAACAAAAAAACCCCAAGCAUCCCAACCUCAACCUCGCUGUUCCUCGAACACCAAAACGCGACACAAACAAACCAUGUGCCCUUCCGGUCGAACCCUCGCCUCCGGUUUCCGACCGGCAUUCGACGUCCUCGACGCCGACCGCGACGGAAGAAUCAGCCGCGACGACCUCCGCGCCUUCUACGCAGGGCUCCACGGCAGCGGCGGCGGCGAGGAGGCGAUCGGGGCAAUGAUGACGGUGGCCGACACGAACAAGGACGGGUUCGUGGAGUACGAGGAGUUCGAGCGCGUGGUCGCGGGAAACGCGGAGCCAAGCGCGUGGGGGGCCAUGGAGGAGGUUUUCAGGGUUAUGGACAAGGACGGAGACGGCAAGCUCAGCCACCGUGACUUGAAGACUUACAUGGCCUCCGCGGGGUUUCCGGCCACCGACGAUGACACCCCCGCCAUGAUUCGCUUCGGCGGCGGCGACCAACACGGCGGCGUCACCUUCGAUGGUUUGCUUCGUAUAUUAUCGCUGGAUUCUUUUGCUGCUUAUUGAUUAAAGUUAAACCAACCAACCCCUUGUGUUUUUUUUUUAUUCCCAUAAACAAGUGUAUUGGGUUUUCGACUUUGUCCAAGUUUGGCAAAUUACAGUGAAUAACUUAGUACUCUCUAAAUAUAUGCAAAAAUGGUUGUUCAUUAAUAAAGAAUAAUUACUCCGAAAAUGAAUAGUAUUUGCCAGUGAUCAACUUUUCCGAAA